CGGCUGACAGUGCUAACCUGUCACACAAUCUUACUUUAUGUUGAAUUUACAUGUAUUAUGUUUCUCUGCCUGUUGUUACGAAGAUGUCCAAACCUAAUGUGAGUGAAGGGUUUCGUCAGAAGGUGAAGCAGUUUUUUGGCGCGAAGAAAGGCCAUGUUAUUACCAGCAGUGUAUACGAAGGUCCCAAACCAGAUGAAUUUUUCUUUCAUCAAGAAUUGCUUCAGGUAGAUUAAUAUCUUAACUUCAGAGUUGGGAAAUAUUUCGUCUUCAUCAGCCAUUAUAGUUAUUACAGCUGAUGGUUGAAUCUUGCAUCGGGAAUGGAAUUUUAUGUCGAUGUCAAUCAAUGAUAAUUAUUAUUGAAGGAAAAUUAAUGAAAGUAAUGAUUUGGUUGUCAAUCAAUUUAGCCGAGAAUGGCCAAUUAUAGAUAGUUGAUUCACUCAAACUGCCAAUAGUAUAGAAAUCCAUCACUGAAUAGAUAAUUUGCUGUAAAUGGAACUGUAAAAGAAAUAGACCUUCUUAAUAAGAAAGAAGGAUGUUGUUGUAUCGAUCAUUUGAAAAAUCCAACUAGUGGUCUAUUAUCAAUGCUGCAUUCUGAUUGGUUGAGCUGAAUCGCGUUUUGCUGGCUAAAGUUGUUUUGUCUCUAUAUUUUUGACCAACUAGUUGGAUUUUACUAAAACAGUUAUUCCUCUUACCCUCAUGGCCUAGCCCAUUUGGGCUAGAGGAAUAAUAAUUGUUAAAUAUGUUGAUCGAGCGUCGGUUGAGUAUUGGUUGUAUAUCAGUGGAGUGUCGUUGGAGUAUUGGUUGAGUACUGACUGACGUAUCGAUCGAUCAUCAGUCAACUGUCGGUCAACAUUAAUUGCACUAGUAUCGGUAGUGUGUCGGCAAUUUAGUAUCAGGAUGUGUUGGUGGUGUAUUGGCCGAGGGUGAUGAGUGUUGAGACAGACCUUGUAUCUUGAUUAAAUUAUGUGGUGCAAAAUAUCAAUUACAGUUUUGUGAGGUCAAAUUCAACCAAAAUGGACAAGGCAACCAAUUUGUUCCCCCUACAUGUUUUGCCCACAACUGGAUGUCAUACUCUUUAUUGAGAAAAUUUCUCUUCCGUUCCUAACAAAACCAAUAAUGUUUGGAUCAAUAAAUUUAGGUUUCUGAGGAACUGCCCACCUACCCCUCCCCUAAACUAACAUUUUGCCCUAAGUGAGAAUUUAUGUUAGCUUAGGGGAGGGGUAGGUGGGCAGUCUCCCAGAAACCCAAAUUGAUCGUAAUGCUGAAAAGUUUAGCGUCUUAACUGAGGUCUGAGGUAUUGACUGAGUGUUGGUGAAUUGGUGAUCCAUAACCGGAGUACUGACAGACCAGUGACCGACUAUCGACCAGUGAAUUAUAGGGGCCAACUAUCGGCUACAUUUCCAAUUUGACGGUCACUUGGCUGAUAUAUAAACUGAUACUCGACUGAAGCUCGACCAACACUCACUCGACACUUGCCCGACACUUGACCAAGACUCGAACAAGGCUCAGCGAAUAUAUCAACUGAUAUGUUGACUGAUAUGCCGACUGAUAUGUCUGUCAACAGCCCCUAUAAGACACAAGAUCCAGUUGCUUUGGGCAUUGGGCUUUGCACACUUGGAAGCUAUUGUUUGGUAGUCACUCAAGAAAGUGAGUUCCAUAUGCCCAAAUGCCCAAUUACCAAUGAUCAAUUAUGAAAGCAAUCUUUCUUGAAUUAGGUAUAUACAGUUGUAUGUCUAUACUAGUGGUAUGCCAGUCAUCGAUCACAAUCGAUCAUUGGUUGUAAAUGUUAAAGCGAUGCAAAAAUCAAUUGUUAUGGAACAUUUUUCAUCCUGACCACUAUUAUUUUCCUUUAUUUCCUACCAUAGGAAAUUAGUAAGGAAAACCCCCUGUCAAACAGGGUCAAAGUUUUAAAAGACCUUUGUGACUUUUUGGUCAGUCGGCGAGUGGAAAAUGUGAGUAGUCUUAAGUUAUAAAUGGCAAAACUAGAAAUAUGUGUAUCACAAAACCUCACGUUCAGGUCUUUCCUGGAGCAUGCUGAUUGUACAUUAUUGUUACCCUGGAGAUAGCAAUACAUGUAUGUGGUUAGUAUAAAAUCAUCUGCCUGAGCUUGAGCCUUUUUCAGUUAGUUUUAAGGAGCCACGGUCUUUAUUUUGUAAUUUUUGUUAUCUGCAUGUUAUUUUUGGGGUAGUCUGUAGAGGGGGCCCAUGCCAUAAGGUAGUUGCUAUAAACCCUGGUCCCUAGUGUGUCCAUGGAGCAGGGGUAAGCGUUUUUAGGUCAUCAACAAAGUAGUUCUAAAAAGAUUAGAAACUGCAUUUGACUGAUAAUAUGUUAAUAAUUAUUAAUAGUGCCACAAAUAGAAGGCAGAAGCAUUUUACAGACCUCACAAUAGCUGUUUGGUGAUAAAUUUAGGGUUAGGAAAUUUAAUGAAUCAAGUUCCUCGUCAGUUUGCCUUGUAUAGUGACCCUAAAUGGAACUUGAUUCACUCUGUUUCCUAACCCUAACAAUCACCAAAGUUUAGAGUCAUUUGUUCUCUAGUCUGUGGCAACUUGCAGACUGCAAAAUACCCCUGCCAUAAAAAGUACUGUAGAAUCCUGAUACAGAGAAGUGCCAAGGGACUGGGAGAAUCAUUUGUACAUGGUUAUUACAGUGGAACCUCGAUAUAAUGAACCUCGAUAUAACAAAGUCCUCGGUAUAACGAACAAUUUUCUUUACUCCAGUAAUAGUAAAAUAUAUGAAAAAGAACCUUAAUAUAACGAAACCUCGGUAUAGCAAGCAAAUUUUGCCAGUCCCUUGGCCCUUCAUAUCAUUAGAUUGGGGUUCCACUGUACCUGUAUUUUGGUCCUUCUCUACAGAGAAUAUCUUUUGUUAGGGUUUAUUAUACUAGCAUGGUAGCCACAGGGCAAAAAAUAGUCAAGGGAAAUUAAAUUUCCUCAAGGUCAGGGAAAAGUCAUUGAAUUUCACUUGGAGUCAGGGAAAAUUUAAGUCUUUGAAAGAAGUCAGAGAAAAGUGAAAUUUUAAUGUACAUUUGUACAAUUUUACAGACAUGAAUUACUGUGUUGUAUUGGUAGAAUGUUGUUUAUGAAAUUGAACAAUAAGCUGAUGUUGGUUUUCCAAAAAAAAAUCAAUCCUGUUUGCCCAUUAAAUUAAGGAACUAUCAAUUCAUGUACACUGUGUGUGACUUGCUGAAAGCAUAAAUAAAUGGGUGGGGGGAUGGCCAUGAGUGGAGCAUUGAGUCUAUUUAUCACUGGGAACAAUUUGUGAAAUCGUAAUUUCAGUUGGUCAGGGAAAUUUUACAUUUGUCAGGAAAAAGUCAGGAAAACGUCAUGGAAUUUCAGAAUCCUCUGGCUGUGGCAACCGUGACUAGGGUUUUUGCUGGUAUAUACCAUACUUUAAUCUCUCAAGAGGGUGUGUUUUAGUAAUCACACCACAGGUAGGUAGCCUGACAGCAUAUGUAUUCCAAUGAAAAUGUUGUGCUUAAAGCGAGCCACUGGUUUAGAAGUUUUAAGGGGAUCUCAAUUGACAAGAAAAUUUCCUUGAGAAAGGUGACUGUGUGACUGUAUGACUACGGAGUUCAAGCUAAUUGACAUAGCUUCUGGUUAUCUGGUAAAUUGUACUUCCUGAAGUGCCAUUUCUAAAGAGAGAUAGGUCUUCCUAAAAGAGAUGAAAUGGUGUAUGCAUCCAUGCCUGACAGGAUUUUAUUGAGAGACUCUUGUGAUGUUUGAAUGUGAAAGUUGCUGUAACAUUACGUCAUGUGCUUGUCAUCAUAAUUGAAUCUGGGAGUUAUGUUUGUUUUUGGAGGCUAUAUAUUGAGGCGGAUAUGUUCUUGUCUUCAUCCACAGCAUGCCAUUGAAGCAGCCUGGGCUGCAGUUGAGGAUCUGCUUAAUCCAAACAGCCCAGUGGAAGCACGUCAUGUUACGUUUCAUUUUCUAACUGUUAUGGUGUCUGGACAGGUCAGUCACUUGCUGUAAUUUUUUGUUAAAUUGUCUUUUGAAAAAGUGAUAGCUACACCUGUUAAACCACUAAUAAUUCAUUUUCUUUGCAGAUCGACAGACUUGGCAUUUUAAGGUGUCAUUUCUUCUCUGUUGUUGCUAAUCACAAGAUUCCAGAAGAUAUUUCACCGAGGUAAGUACCAAACUGGUCAUGCAAACAUUGUGUUUUACCAGAAUAUAUCCACACUCCCCACAGAGUAUUUUUUAAAUUAACUCCCUGUCCUUCUAGAAAUUCCAGUUUAGUUCAAUGACCAUACUUUGUGCAAACUAUUUGGCUCUUAAUACCUAACCCCGAAUCCUAGAAUUUUCCAGUGACCCUUCAUGGGGUUGAUAUGGAUAUCUGAAAACACACUUUAUGUAGAAGGAUCAGUAAAAUCUCUGAUCCUGCUGGUUCAAACACAUUUGUUACACCUCCCAAUUCAGCACAUUUUCUGAUUAUUUAAAGUGAACUGAUUAACUUGCCAUGCGGAACAAAACUUACAUGUAUUAUGCAGUGACAGGUCAUGUAUCUUGCCCGCAUGUCAUCCCAGCAAACAAUGUUAUUACUAAUUUUUUUGUGGUGAGGGCAAAAAAACUAAAUUUAUAAUUUUUUGUUAGUUUCCCCUCACCUUGUCCUUCAAUGUUCAUUGAGUGCCUAAUGGAAAUAAAAUGUACUGUUUCCUUUUGGGACAGAUAUCCUUAAAAUGAAUUGUCCUUUUAUUAAUGGCUCCUUCAUCCAAGAAAUAAUAAUAACUUCGGCAUCAUUUUUUAAAUACAAUCUCUGCCCUUUUUAAUUGCCCUUUUCCUUCGAAUUUUCUCCAAAUAAUGUGUAAUGUCAAGAUUUUAACGGACAUCACAAGUAGAAAAAUUUGAGAAGCUGAUUAUGGAGAUGUCAUGUACUGAUGAUUUUGAUUUAAUUAACUGAUCUUCAGACUGGAGAUGUUAAAGGCUCUGAGUGAUAAUGGAAAAGACAUCUCAUAUUUUGAAGAGCUGACAGGUAAGAAAAAAUUUAACUUGACUAGUCUAAUUCAAUUGUUUCCUCUUUAUAAUUUUACCUUAUCUGGCAUUGUGUAUAAAAUUAAUGCAGGUUAAUUGUUGUAUAAUAACAUCACUACAGGCCCUUUUCUGUUGUCGUGGAUGCCAGAUGUCAUGCAGGAAGGAAGGCGAGUAUUAAAUAUUUCAAGAUUUUUCAUCCCCACCCCUCUCCUAGAUGUUUGUUUGACCUGUCACACAAUGACACAAUCUACCCAACAAUCUUGAUGAGGCAGACAAAAUGUAUUUUUAGGAAGCUUUCCCUCCUCCUGUGGUUGAGCCUGAAUACAGUGCUGUCAACUCUCGCGGAUAAUCCGGAAAACCCCAGAUUUUGAACCGUAUCUCCCGGUCUCUAGAUUAGAGUCUGAAAUCUCCCGAAUAAUCACCAAAGUUUGCCAUUUCUUGUAGACACAACUCUCUGACAAUGAAAUUUUAAAUAUUUUGCAUUGUUUGAGCUAUAUUUUAUCUGGAACUUUUCCUUAUAAACUCCAGUAUGCCAUUGAAAUAUAAGAAAUAACUUGAUUGGUGGCAAGUAAACCAAUCAGGUCAAAUGUUACAAUUCCAACUAUAUCUUUUUCGCGCAUUUUUGGAGAAAUGACGUCAUGGGCUGUGCAUUUUGACGUCAUCUACCAUUUCUCAAUAUUUGAAGACUUAAGGGGUUGACAGCCCUGUGAAUGUGUGUUAACAUGUAUCUUAUUUUAAACCCUUAAAACUCUAGCAUCAAAAUUCAGAUUUACGUUGUGCCUAUAAGUUUUUUAUAUAAGAAGUCGAAGAAUUUGUUAAAGAAUCAAAUAGAUUGAUCAGGUCCUAGCUAGAUUCUUGUCACAAUGAAUUUUGUAAAGCAUUAAUAUUACAAGGAGAAAUUUGAUGCUGAUCAAUCUUAGGCUUAAAGAAUUUUAAUAUUACUUUGUUUCCCUUGCAGAAUGGAUGUCUUUAUGCCUCUUGUGAUCAACGUUAUCCAUUAUAACUCAAGUUUUCUUGAUGAAGAUAUCAUAUCAGGCAUCGUAAGGUAAGCGAACAAUCAACAAUGAGUAUCAAGUUUUUACUUGAAAAGUAUGAAUGGCCUUUGCUGUAUUCCUUAUCUAACUACGAAAGUAGUCUCGGCCAAAGGAUCGCGUGCCAAUUUAAAGUAGAUAAAACUUAAUUAAGGCAGGGUGUUAAGGGGGAUACCUACAUGAAUUAUCUCUCUUUCCUAAAAAAAAUAAUUCUGCCUUUUUUUCUUUUUCCAGAGAAACCUGUCGUUUAUCUAGAACAACUAAGGAUGAAGACGAUGUUGAGGUAUUUACGUUUAGGUCCAGUUUUGCAUUUUAUAAUUACACAACGUAACUAGGGCUCAUAUCUUUUUUUUCAAAAGCCUCUUGAAAGGCUUACAUAAAGAGGUGGUCAUGAUGAGGGAAAGAAGUUUGUGCCGAAAAAUCAGCUGACCUUGUACUGUAAUUGCAGGGUAGAAAUUAAGGGAGACUUGUUUUAGCAAUUAUUUUAGUAUUACGGCGUGAACUGGACUGAAAUUGUGAGAACAAAAUCUCUCUGACAUCCCAACUUCAAACACAGCAUCAAGAAAAUUUGAAUAUAGAAAAUUAAGUAGCACAAUGCCCGUUAGAUUUUUUAUAACAUCAGCAACACAGAGAACAACCUUAAGUUUUGAAGUUGCAAAACUUACCGUAAAUUAAAAUGCUAGGACCCAGGAUUGCAAAUUUGGAAUACUUUGAGCACUCUCUGAUUUCUCUGCAACGUGAGAACAGAGGCUAACAUUGAAAUAGAAAGGUUAAGGGUUUACUGUUUCUUUUCUUUAUUUUCCAGCUAUGCUUGUGCCUCUUGGAUGCCGUGGUUCGUUACAGCUGUCUCCCAUCUAAUGCCUUAUUUGAGUUCAUUGCUACUGCUUGCCGAGCUGUGAACAUUCAAAGAUUUUGCCCGCACAGUUGGAAGGUAUUAAGAUCCUCGAUACACAUGUAUUGCUGAUUCAAUAUACGGAACAAUGCAACUAUUUGCCUGAGUUUCCACCAAACAAUAGCUUCCCAAUGCCCAAGGCAACCUUUAUCGAAUCAGCUUUAUACAGAGAAUAUUUAGAGUGGUUUUCGUUUGAGUGUCGUAAAACCAAAACCAAAGUAAUUACUCUGACCAAUCACAUAGGACACAGACAAUACAUUGAACCAAUCAAAACUCGCAGUAAUUACAUGCGGCUGACGCAAAGCGCGGGAAAAUGCAUGCGAGCGCGUCACAAUUGGCUUUGGUUUUACUUCUGAUUGGAUGAAAAGGUGGCGCGAAUCUUUUAAGCCAAUCGCAUCGUGUAGAAAGUGCAAAACCAAUUACUUUUCGACACUCAAAUGAAAACCGCUCUAUACGAAGUACAUUCAGUUGUACUUAUGGAACCCCGCGGCAUAAACACCCUGCUUUUAACCCUUUAAGUCCCAAUAUCCACAUAUAAAUUCUCCAUACUGAUCUUCAUACAUUUUCUUAAAGAAUUAGUUGAGAGAGUUUGUUAACAGAUCAAAGCAUUUUCUCUUUUGUGAUCAUUUUAUUAACUCUCAUAACCAUUUAUGUCUGACGAAAAUAACUGCGGUCGGACCCCAUGUCCGGAUAAAGCAACGAAAAAUACGACGAGAUUGAAAACGUCACUAUUAAAAAUAAGGAAUUUUCGUCUUUUCAAACUUUAUAGCGUCUAUUUGGACCAGCCCAAUUUGUCAAAUGUAGGCAAUUUUUCGUGGGAUUGAAUUCUUAAGGACCUAAUCCAGGUUCAAUAAGAGAGAAGAAAAUUCGUCGUCGUAUGUUCACGUCCUCGCUUUAGGAAGUUUCACGUCGUCUUUAUGCAGCCGUCAAAGAAAUAUACUAAAAAGCGUGGUGCAUGAGAAGAUAUGUUCACGGUUUUGGUCAUAAAACCAAUUGUAUUUUGUCAGUGUCGUUGUUGUUGACGUUAAGCUCUUUAAUACCAAAGACUAUCAUUUGCAGCCUCCAGUAAUCAGUUUGCCUGCGAAUCUCUCACUGUAACUAAUUUUCGGUUAACAGGCCUAAUGUAACCAAUCGUGUGUCCAAGACAGGAUUUGUUUCAUAUUGCCCAAUCUCAGGGCCAUUUACAAGAGGAAAAAUUGCUUGUCUUAUGAAAGACGUGUAUUAUUUUCCCCGCAUUGAUGGCCCUAUUAUUGUUCUUGCUUAUUAGAUAAUGCGCAACUUGCUUGGAACUCAUCUUGGGCACGGUGGAGUCUAUACAAUGUGCAAUCUUUUAGAAGACAGGUAUGGCCCCUGUAGUAUCAACUGCAACAUUCUGUUCAUUCAUUGCAAAUCAUACAUUCACGUUAUACCCCUCUCUCCCAGCAACGGCUACUUACUCCCUCCCGCAAGGUGACCUUUGCAGAGGGAUUCGACUGUACAUCCAAUGCCGAAUUUAUGCUAUUGAUGGAAACAAGUUAUGGACUAGCGCUCAAAACACGUAAACAGAACUACAGAAACAGUCGGUCAUCGGAAAAUGCCCGAAUAAAAUUGGUCAAUAUUUGACGAAGUCGUAACUGAGGUCGGAAAUGAAGUCUGGGCAAAAUUAGUGCUAAAGCACUUCCACUUUGCAGCUAAAUAAAACGAUCUACAGUUUCUUUGGUUUAUUUUUGCAGUAAUAACAGUUCCGAUGUGAUGCUGUUGCGGGGCUCCGUGUUCUUCAUUGGAAUGUGCUUAUGGGGCUCACAGCGUGUACCUAGCCUAAAGUACUCUAAUUCAACUGUUCUGCCUUCAAUGUUACUAGUGAGUAUUUUUCAGUUUGUUGCAAUAGUCAGGAGCAACGCAAAGCUUAAAAGUGUUUUUAAGAAUUCUAAGAACGGAAAUUAAUUUUUCACUCAGUUAAGCGUGUGCUUAAAACUAUAGUACGUUUUUGGGUAUAUCUCGAGACUUUUGAAUAAAAAAAAGUUGUAGACCAAGGCACGAACCGAAGAAAGAUUGCCAGCUAGAAACCCAAUCUCUUAUCCUGUCAUCUCGCAAAGAAUACUACUUUCUGUACGAAGAUGGAAAAGUGUUACUGUGUAGGGAUCUGUUAUGUGAUGUCAUAGUUUACAGAUCGAUCUCGCGACUUGCAUUUCAAGCUCCGCAGUUUUUCCAAGUACGGUAUUUGGUCCUUGGUCCGGGUGUCAGUAAAACGUGGGGUCGGGGCCGGGGUCGGGGUCGGGGUCGGGGUCGGGGUCGGGGUCGUGGUCUAUCUUUUUUUUAAAAGAAUGCUGUUUUAGGGUUAGGGGUUAUGUUAGGGUUAGGGUUAGGUUAGGGUUAUUUCUGGUUAGGGUAAGGGUUAGUAUCAACAGCAACCCUGACCCUAAAACAGCAUUCUUUUAAAAAAAAAAGAUAGACCCCGACCCCAGCCCCGACCCCGCGUUUUACUGACACCCUGAUAUUUAAAUUAUAUUGAAAUUCCUGAAACAACAUUGAGUUAGCCGAAUCGGUCUAUUGAGUUCAUCUUCUACCUCUGAGCACUGCAAGACCAAUUCAAAACGAAGGAAGAAGUGGCCUUUAACUACAUUACGUGGUUGUCCGAUUUUGUUUGAUCACUCGUAUGAUUACAGACCGAAUUAGACUCCACUCAGUCCUACAUGUAUUACUAUUAUUAAUACGAAAAAAAGGAAACAUAACGGGAAUAAGUACUGAAACACUCAUUAUAAAGAAAGAGUGUAAUGAAUGCGAUAACGAUUUUUUUUGGUUUUAUUUCACAUUCCCAGGCUCUUUCUUGUCAUCAUAAUUUAGUAGCAUUAGAAGUAGCGCUGUCUGUUCAAAGGCUGGUGAAGAAAUAUGGUCACGAUCUUCAUGUCGUGGCGUGGGAUGCAGUACUGGACAUUACUGAGGCUCUUCAACGACAGAUCGAGGUACUGAAUUAAGUAAUCAAAUUUGAGGCUAUCGCAGCGAGGAUGAUUAUGAUGUCGGAGCUGUAAGCUUCUAACAGCAAGCUCUGUUGUAUACCCCGUAAAGUGCUAAAACCAUACGAUAACGUUGUCUCACGUGUAUUGGCAACUUAGUUGAGAAUAAAAAAAAAAUGGUAAAGCUAUCGAGCUCAAAAAUCAUUGCAUUUACAGCAGACAGCAGCGCACAUAGGGCUCCAAAAAGCGAUAUACGAUUUACGCAGAGAGCUCAAAGAAGCUGAUUCUUAAGGUUACCUUUGAUUUUCAACAUCAUUGACCUUGUGGAAAUGGAGAACCGUCUGCGAUGGUAGAAAUUUCUAAACUUGUCUUUCAGUUGUUCGCACAGUCAAUACACUUCAAGACCCGGUACUCCGCCUGAGGCUUUUAGUGUAAACUCGUAUUACUUGCUUUCAAUCUUAGUUUGUUCAUGAACUGGAGCUGCGCUUUUAAAAUUGCCUUUAAUAGUUCUUUACAACCUCUACCCGCCAUGUUUUUGACAGGGUUAUUUCUCUUUUCAUAACAGCAACAUAGCCCGGGUGAUACCGCUUUGAUCGAGAAUUUUCACAGUCUGCUGACCAGCAUAGAAGAACUUUACGAGACAGAAAAGUUUAAUGGACCAGAAGAGAGAUUUUUUAACAUAGUAGAGAAGGUUUCAAGCAACCGACCGGUUAGUAAAACAGCUUUAGUUGUUGUUAUUUCUACUAAAUUUCUACAAAGGGAAAGAAGGAGUAAGGAUUACCACGAUCGGUUAGUGCGCAUGCGCGGCCGGCGUUCUCUGCGGGAAGUUCCGAGUUCAAUUCCCAGGUGUAUCGACUUCUUUGCUUUCCCUGCAGAGCUCCGUACUAGUGGAGAGAGAGAGGUCGGCCUCAGGAUUAUCAGUUUAAGUAAUUUUAUGAGUUGCGACGUAAAAAUUGGAUCUUUUUAGUUUCCCUAUAAGACGGGGUGACCUUUGGAACCACACUGUGUGUCUGUCUUAGAGAGAGUCAUCUAAAAGAAGAAAAAAAGGAAGAGUCCAACUCUGAGUUUCCGUUUUAGUGAGGUGUCCGUCUUAUAGAGGCGUCCGUUAAGAAAGAGUUGAAGUAUUUUUCUCAGACUGAAAAAAGGUAGUCAGUGUUUUUUCAAAUCAAUUUAAAAUGCAUCCUGUUUUUGAGAAUCGUAAGCAUGCUUUUAUUGAUUUGCAGGAGCGAUCUCUUCAUAUCCUUGUGUCCUUCAGAGCUCAGGCAGUGCACCCUGCCCAAGUAGGGUGGCUAACAAACCUUCACAGCCUAAUGGAAAAGUAUUUCAGGUACAUGACGACGUUAUACGAUAUAAGACGUUGUAGGAAAAACGUUAUAAGGGACUUUAAGAUCCGACGAGGGGACCGCAACGAGAUCGUCAAAAAAAAAAAAUAAAAUAAAAUAAAUAAAUAAAUAGGUUUUUAAUAGGCAAAACCUAAAUUUUGCACGUUCAUUACAAGUUUUGUACAUUUAUUUGCAACUUGGGGAGCAAGGGUGGCGCAGUGGUGAGAGCACUCGCCUCCCACCAAUGUGGCCCGGGUUCAAAUCCCGGCGUCGACGCCAUAAUUAUGUGGGUUGAGUUUAUUGCUGGUUCUCUCCCUUGCUCCGAGAGGUUUUUCUCUGGAUACUCCGGUUUUCCCCUCUCCUCAAAAACCAACAUUUCCAAAUUCCAAUUCGACCAGGAAUCAGGUAGACGAAGAACCACUAUGUGGAUGUGCUACCUGUAAAUGGUUAUUCAUUUAUUCAUUUAUUCAUUAUUCAUUUGCCGUUUUCAUUGCACGACUACGACGUGAAAUAGACCUCUUUAGCCUUUUCCCAAUAGAGGUCCCAGAGGAACUUGACCCUUUGUCUUUUCAGAAAUUAUUCGUAGAUAUGCACGUGAAGAAGACGAAAUUUGAAAGAAACAGUUCUCUAGAGUGUUAUCACAUGACCUGUCUUGGGAAAACAAACAUACAAGCUAAAGAAGUCUAUUGCCAAAUUUUAAGUGUUAUGGAAAACGUAAACAAGCGACGACGAAAUUAUACUUCUCUUUCUGGGACAUCGUUCCUGGGAAUUCAGCUCAAGGAGCGAUUAAGACUGAAAGAACUCAAAUUCACUUUCGCUGCUAUCUCGUCCUUGGAUCUUAAAUUCCGACCUUAUUGUUUCCUUGAUCUUUUUCAGAUAUGAAAUCCGUACUAGUAUAAGAGAGAAGGUUCUUUCUGUGUUGUCUUCCCUGUUAGCAUCAUACGGCCAUUGGUAUGAGGUAAGUGGAACUAAUCAGCUUACAUAGUAGGGGAGUUUGUGGUUAACGACUGCCUAAGUUGUUGUAUUCACACUCCACGUCGGAGUUUGUUUAUUUCAAACUUUUGUUUCGAUAACAGAGAAUAAAAAUAACGUUAGUGCACCACGUACAAAUUAGGAAACCUUGUGAAUUUCAAUCCAAUUUUUUGCACAGAAACAGGUUAUACUACUCAGGGCAGAAAAAAUUUGAAUUCCAGCUUACCCUUAGGAUAAGCGGCACUCAAAUUUUGCUUGUCCAGGGCCCUUGCGUCCUUUCCAAGUUUAUGAUUUAUUUAGAAGACGCCCUGCCUGGGGCUUUGUCCAUCGCUGGAAUAAGCAUGCAUGGAAAGUUACUUGGAAAUUUGCUUUUCUCGGAUAACCUGCGACACAGACGAACCUAAACCUCUGGUUAAAUCCGUCUGCGAGUCAGUGACAAAGUCCUUGUUCUGGGGCCACCACCUUCGUACCAGAAUUUGAGUAGGCGCCAUGAUUAGUCCGUUAAAAAAGGCCGUUAUCAAUUUUCCAAUCAGAUUGAAGGGAAAUUCGAAACGCACCUCCAGUAAUUCGUUGAGCUAGGUGGCUGAGGGAUCAAACAAGGAUCUCGGCGCUGUUUCCCAGACGUUACUGGCCAGGGUAAGAUUACGUCUCUGAGGCAAGCUAUGACUCGGACGACCGGAUGGGACGUUUCUCGAGUCUUGCUACCACCAGGUCAAAAAUUAUACAAAUGAACAAAACAAAAACACGAGUUGGAAUCUGAACUGAUAACAGAAGGAUAAUGUGGAAUUUUUUUUAACAGGAAGAGCUUCUAGAGUCAGCGGUGUUGCCAUAUCUGAGUCACAUAUCCGAGGACCAAGAUGUCACAGUGCGUGACGCUGCAGUACAGAUACUUAUUGAUUUGUGUCUGAUGUGUGACUCGCAGAAGUGUCAAGAUUUCCUCGACAUUAUUGAGAAGGUAUGUUUCUUCAAUUCCUAUUCCUGGUGUAUUGUGUUUUCAGCUGAGUUCAUAAGAUGAGUUUGCAACCUUAAGAGAGAUUCAAAACCUAACGCUUCGAUCGCUUUCGCAGCGUGAAUCCAAUUUCGUGCUACCGCGAAAUUCAAUUUGGUACCUUUUGUCGGAGCGAAUUCAACUCCAUAGCAUCGAAAGCUCGGCGUUGGGAAAAUCAUUAAAUAUCGCAAAUCUGAUAAAAGCCAAACUAAAAAUGUCGUUGGCAAUCGAAUAUAUCUUUUAAAGGUUAUUAUCUUUUUUAUGUUACUUUUUUACUUUUUCUGACUGACAAGUUGCAAACAGGUUUGAGUUAUAGUCAUUUCGCUUACGCUUGGUCCCCGUUAGUAACCACGACGGCAACGGCAAGGAGAACUUCAGAAAAGCAAUGGGUUUAAUGAGCAAACAACUCUGCACGUGCAUCACAUUGUUUGGUACAUUUCUUUCCCUUCCCUUCACGAAGGCUUUGCUCAUGCCAAGUUCUUGUGACGACGUCAACACACGGCGACGAGUCUUUCUUUCUCUUUGUGAAUUUUUUUCGGUCCUUCAGAAUUCAAUUCUAGAAAAAAAAUUGCCUUAGAUUGACAAGUUGAUCGGAUUGGAAUAAUCGCGAAUUGUCUUUAAAAUUUACCUUUCGCUCCGGUUGCCGUCUUUGUUGCUGAAGGUCUUUAUUGAUUAUAGCAGAUUCAGAUUUCAUUCAUAUUUUUUAUGUGUUGCCCACUAUUGAAAAACAUAAUUACAGUCUGACCAUAAAAAUUUGCAAUACAUUACAAGAACAAAGUAUAUAAAUGAUUCCUGUAGCAGGACCAGUAUUCUGAGUCUAAAUAUGACCAAGAAAUGAAGGUACUGCCCAUUGGCCAGAAUAUAGUGGUCCUGUCUCUAGAAGUGUCCCCAGUUAGUAUCAUCACUUACGUAAUGGUAAUAAUAACAACCAAAUUAGCCUGUUCCAAGCGUUCAGAUAGUGGAGAGCGGUGCGAAGUAAAGAAAGUGAUGAAAAGUAGAGGGGACUCUACUUCCUCUACUACCUCCCUCGCUUUUAUUUUUUCGCGCUCCUUUUUUAUUUCGCACCGCUUCCCACUAUUUGAAAACCUGGAACAGGCUACAACCAAAUGCGCUGUUCUUCCUUUUUUUCCCAGGUUAUCAGUAGACACGUGGAGCUUCAAGGCAAGAGCUAUCCACUUGAACAACAGCAACAGGUGAUAGCUAUAAUACUAUGUUCGAAUAGCACUAUUUUUGAAAACGCAGGAAAAUGUGAACAAGUUUUAAGGAUCCAGUACGUCUCUAUAACGUUCAGCUCGUUGUGCUGGUCAGCUAAAUGAAUUUAUUUUUGGUACCCACGAAGGUCUCUUAUUCAGCAUCAGUGAUCCUCGUAUAUACAAAAGAGAUUAUUGUCUUUCUUUUAAGUGCUUUGUUGGGCUCAUACUCGGUGUAGAAACCUGUGAAACUCACGAUUGACGUAAAACAAUUAAUACAAAGAAGCUCCUGAGAAGUCAACACGAUAGAUUCAAGGAAAAUAACAGCUAGAAAAAGCUUCACAGGUUUUUACCCCGAUGAUGACCCCUUUUGUUGUUCUUCCAUCUAUAGUUGGUGCAAGAAGAAAAAGAACUAAAGGACAUCAAAACAGCAGUCAGCGGAUUGGUUGAAGUUUUUAAGGUAAGGAGACUGACCGGGUCAUGUUUGUGUUAGACUGUUCACAGUCCCCCAUUUUUCGUAAGAUCGUCAGAAUCGAGCUCUUACCGGUAUGGACGGCCAUCUUGGUUUCAUAUGUACCCAGGGGGCGGGCGUCGGGGUGUUAAGUAGUUUUGACACUCAUCCAAGAUGGCUGCCCGUAACGCAAGGCACUCGAUCUCGACGAUCUUACGGAAAAGUAGAGGACUGUAAAGAGACUAUGUUUGUGUUACCAAAAAGUGGUUUUAUAUUGAGCAUCGUAAACCCAAAACCAAACCAAAGAAAUAACUAUGACCCAUUACAAUUACUUGUGCAAGUUAGCAGUUUUGGAAAAGUUAUUUUCCUGCCAGUGCUAGGCAUCAAAAUCCCCCCUCACCCCUUUCUGGAAUGAACGUCGUAACCGACCAAAAAUUUUACCCUGCAGUGACUGGUUAGUCACUUAAAAACAGCAUAGCAACUUUUGACUAUGGGUGUGAAAAUAUAGGCUAAGAAUGCUGUGUGCAAUCUAGUGUCGACACACAUUUACUUUUGCGUUAGUUCUUUUGCAACUUCUCAAGCAGAACCAAGUUAUUUACUUUGCGACGCGCGUUCCCCGCGCUAAUAGGCCAGUUUCGAAUUACCAAAACUCGCAGUUUGGCUUCGAGGCUGAGGGAAAUAAAACUAAAGAAAUGAAUCAUUUAUCACUGAAUUUCAGUGCGUUUUUAUUUCUUUUUUACCCCUCAGCCUCCGUGCUAAGAAUGAAUCUUAAUAAUUUGAAACUGGUCUACUGGGGUACCCUCAAGAUUAAGUUUAGAUUGAUUUGUGCGAUUGUCUGAGUGUAGGAUUCUCAAUAGUUAGGUGUUCAAAGCGAAAGCAAGGCUCUUAAGGCAGAGCUUUAAUGUUUGUUACGAGGCUUAACCCACUGGGAUAUGCAUCAGUAUGGACUUAGCCUGUGCACAGACGCUGUUUUAUGUUUCUUUUCGUUCUUUUCGAAAAUGUCGGCGAGUGCGCGAAGCGCGAGAAAGAAAAAUAAUGAAAGUCUUUUUUCUUCUUUCCCCACCCCUAUCCUUUUAUGCUGGCGGUCAAUAAAUUCCCCGCGGUUUUUAUUUUUAUCACGCGCGCUCGACAGACGUUGAAGAGAAAAUAGAGGGUCUGUGAACAGGCUAUGGACUCACUAGGGCCAUUUAUGCGAGGAGGAGGUGCCUUAAAAAGACGCUUGUCUUGUCUUAAGUAAUAAGCGAACUUCUCGCAUAUAUAGCACAAAAGAUGUCUUCGCGGCUUAAAUGAGACGCAACUUAGCUAAAAUGUCUUUUUAAUUAAAUUUGAAUUGUUCGUUUUAUCGACAGCACAAGUUGUACCGUUUGCCUCACGGCCACGCUGUUCGUACAUUUGAACUGUUGGUGUCACACAUGAAAGCACAUUAUUACCAUGGAUAUAGCACUGACAUCGCCAGCGUUAUAAGAAACUUGGUAUGCUUAACUUUUUUCUAGCAUGGAAGAAAAUACCGUAAAUGGAAAAGUAAAUAAGUAACUAAGUUAAUGAAUAAAUCGUCACAUACGAAGCAGUUUGAAUGUAAUACUUUACCUCCAGGACUCGAUUUGUGGUUAACUAUAUUGAGCGUAAAAGAAAGUGAAUAAAAGUUCGUCCGGGUGAUCGUAGUCCUGAAUAGGACUGUUGUUGGCAGGGACAGACGUUUCGACAACCUGCGCGGUCGUCAUCUUCGGGAACCAAAUGAGUUUUGUUUCGUCAUUUGAUGGUAUAAAACUCCGAUUAUCGACGUAACCAGUCAAAUAUGUCGUGAUAUUAUUGCUCGUCUAUCAUUUUUAAAUGGCUCAAAAGCCAUGCUAAUAUCGGAUGUGGAGACUCUAAAUAUGGGCGGUGUGUUUCGAACCGUUUUUGACAUUGUAAUAUCGAUCGUCUUGUGAGUAAAAUUGUCAUUUUUUUUGGGUAACCAAUGUUCUCAGUUUUGCUGAAAACGUCAAAAAGCUAAAGAAAAAAUAAUAACUAAAUAAAUUGAUAAAAUCUAUAAGGCGGACAAAGGACUAACGAACUACGAGUAGUGCUUCUCUUUUAUUUUAUCUGUUUUUUAUUUGACGAAUAAUUGAUCCUGGUUAUGGCUAUGACAACUUUAAAUGGAUUGCGGCAUUCUCCACUCCAGAACGCAAUGCAGUGUUUUAAUGCUUGAUCCCCAAAAAUGUUAUUGUAACUGAGAAAAUUUAGGACAUGGUGUUAUAAAUAAAGUGCAUGUCAUGCAGCUAUUUUUUCGCUUCACUCUUAUCAAGUAUCAAAAUGAACGUGUCAAAACUAUACAGACUGAAAAAUGGGUAAAACUGUGUGAAAUAAAUCACCUUAUGACAUUAUAACUGCAAGCUUCUUACAAGUAUACCUUAUUUUCAGGCGUUUGAGUGUUUUCUUAGUUUGCGAUGUGAUUCCAGUUUACGACUUGGUUUAUGUGAUAGCAAAGCAGAGGGAGGCGGUGGAAAGUUCAGUCCUUACUUUACUUGUAUGCACAGGUAACCUUCCACGUUUAAUUUUAAAACGUUGCCUACUCCAUUUUUAAAAAGCCAUGUACUUUUAAAUGUGGUGACGUAACCUUUUCUUUUUUUUUUCUUUAAGUGAUGCUGAUACAAAGGCAUUGUCACAUCUUGCGCUGAUAAAUUAUUCAGAAGUCUUUGAAGUGAUAUUGAAUUGUCUGCAAUAUGUAAGUUAUACACAACAUUUUGUUCACUUUUUCUCUAGUUUAACUUAAGCAUCCCUGAUAAAAGAAACCUAACGUCAACCGAAGGAAGACCAGAAGGGAACUGUUUGUUAAUGUUCUGUUUACACUAAAUGCACCUUAAGGCCAAUUCCACAGAUUAUUUUAGCGAGAGUGUUUUGGCGCCGUUUUUAGUUGUGUGUUAAAAGUAGACCAGACGGAGUAACAACAAGAGCCAGAAUGUAAUUCGGAAAGAAAAUUAGUUUGAACCACGCAGUUUUCGCAGGAAAUUAAGCCUUCAUGUUGUAGAAAUUUAUAAUUAUUUUUUAUAUUUUCAAUAGCAUUACAUCUUAUUUUCUCAUUUAAGAAAAAAAAAAACAAACAAAUCCCCUUUUGCGUUUCAAUAACAGUCGGGAAUGCAAAUGUUUGAUUCUUUGUUUUGUUUUUUAGGAGUGGGAUUGGACAGUAAUAGAAUAUGUUUUAACCGCGCUACCCGAGGUCUUACAAAAUAAGAACCUGAUACUAUCAGCCAAUCCUGCAUUGAACACGAUGACGUCAGUACUCUGUCACAUGGUAAGGCCCCACAUUUCGCGCCUUUACUCCAUCUUAGACCCGGUUCAGACGCCUUACUUCACAUGAGCCGAAUCGAAUUCAGUGAAUUAAGUUCAUGGAAGUACGAUGUCUGAGUGUAUUCAAAACGGGAAUCAAAUUCGAAUUUGGAUUGGUUCAGCCGCUCUUCACACCUGACGUAGCCGGGGAUCACAUCGGCUGUGGACCGUCGUAGAUCAAGAAAGAAUGAGAUUCAGAUGCGGAACUUCUCUUCGCCCCUUUUAGCCCUUUUCAUGAUCGCUUAGGCAUCCUAUUGCCUGCUUUUGUUAGAUCACAAUUUGUUUUUGCUGUGCAGGUGUCAGAGCCUUCUUGUAUAAUUGACCUUCGUCGGGUUCCUCAUGGUGUUGGCAGAGCGGGAUUGCAGUCUCUUAUAUUUCCAGUGAGUAUCAGUUGAUUUUUGGUGCUCGUAGUUACCCAUCCUCAGCACCUGACAGGUUUUCCCUCAGUUUUACCGAAGGUCUUGGUCUUGAGACCAUUCAUUGCGUCUUGAUACCAAGCUACUUCCAAUGCAUAUUUUGCAGGUUUUAACAGUUCUGGCUACAUAUCAUUCCAGUCUUGAUAGAGGGCGACAGGUGAGUUUAGCAUUUUUAGGUGAAAUCCGUCCAAAUCCUAAGACUUUGUUACUUCCUGAGGCUUUCGUACGUUUCUUGGGCAUAAUGAAAAGAUAAUGUACUGGUUUUCCAUACCUUCAGUAUGUUUUUAUUCUUGCCUAGUGCAGUUAAACCUUCAUGUGCGACCACAUCUUGAGAUACCAUCCAUCCUAAAAAAACAGAACAACCUCCCGAAAGCGAACGCCCAAAAUGCCAGAAUUUGAUGAGCAUGAUGUUUUACAACUGUUCAGUUCUUUGAUUGGAAAACUGAAUUUGGUAUUUUAGAUAGGUAGUCUCAUAUGACAGGUGGUCGCAAGUGCAGGUACGAAGGAACCAACAGAAGUUUCCAGUCAUAGCACUAUAAUGGUCGCUAACUGAAUGCUCCAGUGUUUAUGAGAUAGUAGUAAACUUUGUUUCAAAGGAAACUGUGAAAGGUUUGGACUAAGGAGUCAUUUCAUAAGUAAAGGACUACGUUAAGUAAAGGAGUACAGUCAGGAUUCCUCUUACCCGGAUGACCAUGCUCCACCUACUUUGUUUCUAAUGUUCUUCCUCUAUGGUGCAUAUGUGCCAUAGGAAAAGAACUCAAGGAAUGACUGGACAUGGUUUUUCUUUUUGGUCAAAAGAGGUUUACUUAUGGACCAGUUUCAGUCUACUGAUCUUGUUUGCAUAUGCUUGUCCUAGUUUGAGCUGGUCAGGACAUUGGAGUUGGGUUUAGUGACAAAGUGCGCCGUGUUGUGUGUCUCGUCUCUGACAUUGUGCACUAUGGAAAUGCAGGCAGUCAUGAAAAGGUUGGUACAUUCUGUUUUAACCUCCAUUACAUUAUUGUCUGACGUCUGAACUAUUCCUUUGGCAUACGUGCAAGGCUUUAGUAUAUUUUUAUCAGACCGUAAUGUCGGCCUAUUAUUACACGGUACUGCCUGUUUGUUACUGUUAUGUUUGAUUUACGUUCGAAGUGAUUUUCCUUCCUAUUUCUAAGUGUAACCGGCUUUGCUUGCCACGCUUCGUCCCACGGGAUUCGUCGAAAACUUUGAGGGCCAAACUGUUUUGUCCCGCUGGAGUGAAACUCUCAGUGAUCCGCUUUGUGUAAAGUGUUUUUUUUAUAUAUCCUUUAAUUUUCCGUUUUCCAGCCUUCUUCCAGCGCUACUUGUCCGCUUGACCCAGAUCUCUGCAACCGUUUCCAUGGCAGCACCUAUGCUGGAGUUCCUCUCAGGUCUGCACUGAAAGUUGUUGACAUUUUACGGAUUUAUUCAAAUUUUAAAUCCUUCUAUUUCUUCUGUCAUAACUGGGGACGUACUUUUUUAAAACAGGUCUCGUUCAUUUACCUCAUUUGUACGCCAGUUUCCAGGACAGCCAAUAUAAAAGCGUCUUUGCUAUUUGUUUGCCAUACACAGAUCCAUUCAGGUAAGUCUGUUGUUGGCGAUUUUCUAAUCAGGGUUUCUACGUUCAGGAAAAAAAAAAUCAGUGAAAAACAAAUUUUUUAAGUCAGUGAAAAGUCAAGGAAUUAUUUUUUUAUUGCCCACAAAAACCCGUGAAAAGUGGUUGAAAAUGAAGGGAGGAAUACUCAUUUUAUGGCCAUAUGAAAAAAAAGCUGAAGCAAACGUAAACUCGAAUUCGUUUUUGUUAAUUGACACCUAAUGCAAGGUCCGUGGAAAUUUGUAGAGGUCAGUAAAAAGUAAGGGAAAAUUCAUAGGAUUUGUUUUUGCUUCUGAUUAGUGGCAACCCUAUUGAGUAGUCUAUAGAGUUUGUACGAUUCUAGUUACCUGCAUUGUCCACAAACGUUACGUUGUUGCGCGUUUGUGUCUCACACAGGUACUCUCAGUACACUGUGACACUUGCUUAUCACGUGAUUGCCGCGUGGUUUGUCCGGUCACGUGUAGCUUAUCGCAAAGCAUUUGUUGGAUUUGUGAGCAAGGUAAGAGAGUGUCUAUUUCUCAAUACUCUCCUCUAUGUUCUAUGAUUAUAAAUGUACCAUACAUACUGCUACGUCAACCAGCUACCAAUUCCAGUCCAACCUGGAACAAAAAAUGAGUCGACAGAAGUUCCAUCCCUUCCGGAGCUCUUUAUCUCUAGAUUUUAUUUCUUUGCUCAAAGCUCUGUGUUGUAAGUAUUGCUCUAUAUUCUUCCUUUCAUGGGUGUUCACGAGUAGAACUGUAUUUUUCCAAAAAACUAUAAACAACGGUAGGCUAAAACAAAUUAACAAAUCCAAAAACUACUACUAUCAACCCAAAAUUUAUCCUUUUUCUGUCCUUACGCUACGUUGGUACGUUCUACAACUUAAUUAUUAUCUGACACGAAUUGUAUAUUAAACAAGACUAUUUAUGGUAAUUUCCUGGCAUGCAGUCUCUUAGGGCACGAAAUAACGCUAGAUCAUUAAUCCUUUUGUCCAAUGGGAUUACUUAAUUAUUUCAUCCACUCUAUGGUAGGGUCUUAAAUCAAGUGCUAUAAUCCCGGAGCGUUAUGACGCAAGACCCGACAGCCCCGCUUUAGCGGCUUCCAGGGCCCAAAUGGGCAGCGUGAGUAAUCAGCCCUCGCCCCAGAUCACUCAUCGGUCAGUUUCGCCCGUGACCCAUAAAGAGACUGAAGCGGCGUGUGAAUUGCAUUCCGAGAUGAGUGAAGUGUGUAUGGAUAUGAUGGCUAGGUACACAUUUGCUUCUUGUAUGUCACAACCCACCAGGUAAACAGUCUUGUAAAGUGGUUGUUCGAUAUUCAUAACCAGUAAAACCUGUUUUUUAUCACCGUGGUUUUAUAUGCGCGCCGUUAUUGGCUUACUAGGAGAUCCAACAAGCAAAUAUUUCAACGAAGUUGCCAGGCUUAGAAGUAAAAAUACCCACCUUUAGUCAUAGAUUUUGACAACAAAUGCAUGUCGUCAUAGAUGUGUGCGUUACAUUUGUGUAGCAGCGGGUCGAUGCAUUUGCUAAUAAAUUGUCGUCACUGGCAUCAAAGUGUUUUAACAUUGUACCCUCAUUACUGUUACGAUCAUAAAUAUAAGUGUAUUUACGACGUAAAAAGUACAGUUACUGAAAAUUUGUGUUCAUCUCUGUUAUAAUUAUUUUUUUACAGAACAUUGACAGUUAGCCUGUAAAAUAUUUUGUUAUUUUUCCCUGACCAAACUAUUCCAGUGCUGAUCGAAGGAAUGCAAAAUCUUAAUGGAAUUAUUAUUCGUGUUCAGGACUAAAGCCGUAGAAUAUAUGUUGGCCAGCGGUCACUCCCGCACUUGGAUGAUUGGCAACACGAUUGUAACUAUAACAACGUCCGGUACAUACAUCAGUUUGGAUGGAGUGUGUGAUAGCUGCUUAGCACUGAGGCAAAGAACAGCUAACCUUGGUCACGGUGAGAAAGUUAAAGUCGAUAAAGGUCUUAAACAGCGAAAAAAGGCACCCGUUGGCUCGAAAGAAGAAUCUCCUCCUCAGGCCAUGAUCGACCACAUUCACGGCGCUGGUCCCGGUCCCGGUACUCAGGCCCCUUCUGGUGCUCAAAUGAGCGCUGAAGGUUCAAGCUUGGAAAAAACGGCUCUUCACAAGGUGCACUCUGUUGAUACUGCAAAGUUGAUGUCUGAAGCUCAUGGCAGCGUUGUUUCUGAGCGGAGAUUUAGCGAACCUCUCGUUCCUGUUAACCCCCAGAACUGUCAGUGUGUCUGCCAAGGAUGGGCAGAGAUAUUUAUCCGGCGACCCAGCGGCAACAUUUCUUGGAUCAUGCGCAUUCAGAAUAGGGAAUCAUCAAUGCAUUUGGAUAGCGACAUUACCACAGCUGUGGUGGAUGAUCCCCAGAUUGGUGAAUGUAAGUUGACUUUUUAUUGCUGGUUAAAGGGGAGUUUGUAUUAUUAGUUAACGCAGCGAACCAGAAAUAAAUGGAUAUCUUUUAGAUACAUUAUUUGCACUAAAGUGCAAUUUGAAAUUUUUGGUUUUCUCUAAAUGUUAAACCAUGGGGUACUAGAAAUUGCACAGCCCACGUUUGCCUCUUACGCACUUCCCUACUGCUCUUACCAGACACCUAAAUCUUAAGCCAGCCAGAAAAAGAAAAACACACCGUAACCGUAUCACAGGAGAAAAGGAGCUUUAGCGACGACGAUGGCGACGGCAACGAGAACGUCUAAGAAAGCAAUAGGUUCAAUAUGUAAAACAGCAACUCUGCACGUGCAGCACACUUUUUGUACAUUUCUCUGCCGUCACUUCACAACUACAACUGCAAAUUCCAUCACGAGACGUUUUAUGGAGAACGUAAAUACACCUCGACGAAUUUUUCUUUCUCCUUGUUAACUUGGGUUUGGUCCCCACGAAUUCAUUUACAGGGAAAUUAAACUACAUUUGACUUUUUUAAGUGAGGUGAAAUAAUCGCUGCGUGCAAAACUGGACGUAUCCCAAUAAUCGCGGAAAAUUAAAAAAACAACGCUGUGGCCGUGGCUGUGGCUGUUGCUUAACCUUUUUAAUGUUUACUUUGCGGGCAGUGUUUUGGCCAGCAUAUUUUGGUUGGCAUCCUCAAGUGGCCCUGGAGACGAAGGUAAAAAAGAUGAAGUGUCUUCUCCAACCGCUUGGCGUUCAUAGGACACCCUGACGGCCCAUGAAACCAUUUAACCUAAUUGCCCCUCCCCUCUGUCCCCUGCUCAGUGCCCGCCAGGAUUAUUGGUGCUACUGUCAUACGUUUACCCACGUUGUUGGGACCAAAGAAACCGAAUAAUUCUUAACUGUUUUUUCUUUCCUUUCCCUUAGUUUUAUCUCCACCUAGCGACAAGCUUGAAGAGAUCCUGAGCACAAGCACAGAAAGUGGAUCCGUUAUUGUUGACGUUAUCCGGCAAACCAAGCCACCAGAGGGGAAGGGUGGGGUCGUCGACGCAGGUUGGUUUGUUUUAAUAUCAAAUGGUAGUGAAGUCCAGUUAAACACUUGAAGUAUGAAUCGCAAACAUUUGAAAGAGCCCCUGUACACUAUAAGGCUAUAUUGACACUAUACCAUGUAGCUUUUGCACUGGCACGAAAACCAUACCGGAUAGGGGUUCUGUUCACACAUAAGGACGGUUGUGGCGGUGCGAUUUCUGUUACGGGGCGAAGCUGCGCCGUGCUGAUCUCUAAAAUGGAGAGUCACCUUUUCUUUGCUAAUUUAUUCUUUACCUAUUCAAUUAGCGCAAUCUUAGGCCAUGGUGUAUUCAUUGCAAAAAGGGUGAAAUGUUCCAAACAGAUUGAAACAAGAACUUGUAUUCAUCAAUUGACGUAAACGGAGGUGACAGCAAACCCGCUGCAAAUGAAUAAGAGCGACGUAAGGCAAUUUUAAUUUAGUCCAAGUGUUUUAAAAGCCAAAUAAUGUUCUCUCUCUUUGGUUGCCGCCCCAAUUAGCCCUGGAAAACUCACCUUCUGCCUGGCAGCAAGACAGCGCUGAGGGAUACAAAAAUCUGGAGCCACCUCACCUUGACUCAGUGUCAAUGUACACACCUACUGGAAGCACAGAUUCACCGCCAAGUACACCUGCGGAUUCCAUGGAAUCAGAGUCAUUUGAGGCAAGAGGCAGGCUUCUUAGCAGAAGCCCAAGGAAGAAGCCGAGUUUUUUUACAGUGAGUUUGAAAUGUUUCAAGCUGCAAUUUCAUUAGCGCACUAGGAAUGUCUUUUGUUUGGGUCAAGCGAAAGAAACCGGCUUCUUAUGAUCUGUGUAAUUAAACUUUAUACAGUCGAACCCUGCUUUACGGGGACUUCGGCUUAGUACUGUCACCUCGUUAACUUAAGGUGGCUCGACGGGGUUUUUGUACUGCCUGACUACUUGCUUGUUCCUUGUAAGCAUUUUGUAUUGUCCAGAUUUUCAUACCAUCGUGAAUUACAAGCCACCAAGCUUGAAACUUGCCGCGCUUCAGUAACCACCGAACACUCUCAGAAUAUGGUAAUAAGGCGCUUUGCUUUGUGCAGUUACUGAAAGUAGCAAAACAAGAGAUCAAAUAAACCGACUUGGCUGCAAUACCGAAGCUUGAAAGCUAGAACAUUUACCGUUCUAAUGCAGUGAGGAAACAUUUGUGAGCAUUUUGCUGAAUCGUUGUUAUUAAAGGCUGAUUUAAGUGUGAAAAAACAAAACAAAAACAAAAACAAAAAACAAUACAAUACAAAAAAACAAAACAAAACAAAACAGAAAAAGACCCGCUAUAUUCGAAAGUGCACUCGAAGAAAUCAUCGAAACUUGGCCAAAGUGCUACCCAUAAUGUACAUUAUCCAUAGUUUAAACCGAUUGUUCUAAAGAAUUCGUUUCUUUUGGUAAAUACCAAAUAACAAACGUUUGCUAUGGCAACGUUGCGUUGGUAGGGACGCUCCGAUCUUCAAAAACCUAACUGAAUAUCAAACUUUAACGUAUUGCUAGUUUGCUUGUAACAUUGAUAUUGCGAGAAAAUCAUGUCCAAGUGUAUUACUCUGUUAAAUGACGACCAAUUUUCCUUGUGUUGAAUUCGUAAGGAUUCUAUCCAAGUUCACGAAGGGGGAAAGAAGAAUCUGUCGUUAAGUGUUCAUGUCCUCCAUAAAACUUCGCGUUAGGAAGUUCUACGUCACACUCCUAAAGUGCUCGUCAAGAAAUGUGCCAAAAAAGUGUGAUGCACAAUUAUUGCACGUGCAAUACAAUAAUUUGGAUCGAAACCCACCAACUAUGAGCGAGGUUUGUGAUACACCAAUCACCAACAACCACGGUGGUGCAAAUAGUACGACUCAGUAAAUCGACACUAUCUCCUGAUGAAGACCUGCAGUGUGCUGUCGAAACGUCGCGAUCAAUAUCAAAGUGACAAUCGUUAGACAAACGAUAAAAACUAAACCCUUUAUACACAUUAUCCACCAUGAUUAAUAUCUUUCAUGACACCUUUUUUGUUGUUGUUGACCUUCUUUUUUUUGUUGUUGUUGUUGUUGACCUUCUUGGUGUUAUCGUGUUCGUGGUUUUAACCAAAGUUAUACUUUCAAAAACUGACUCCUUUGUAUGAUAGCUACUACAGUUACUUCUUUGCCUUUUCUUCUUAACUACGACUCUGAGGUUUAAGAUCACUUUGUUGAUGAAAUAUCAGAUGUUUUGUUGGGUACUAAAGAAUUUUUUUUUUAUUUCCUUAAUGAGUUGCUAUUAGUUUCUGAAGGUGAUGUAACAUGUCUUGUAUUUUACUGUAGAUGAGAGAGUCAGAGUCCUCAGACAUACUAGAAAGCCCAGAAACUACCUCCAUGCAAGGUAUGAUAACUCAAAAUCAUCAAGUUGAUGUUAACCAGGCAACAUGGGCAAAGCUGUUACCAAGUAGCAGUGUGCGUUUGAGACUGGUUUUCAAUCGAGAUUUCUCCGUGUUGCUGCACCAUGGGAUUAACUGAAAACAUCUGCUCAAAGAGGCUGGGUUAGCACCUUGUUACCUAACAAACCUUCACAGAAUUCUACGGAAAUGUAAUAUAACUGCAACAUACUUUAGAGGAACACUUGAGAAAUGCAAAAAAAAAAAAAACAUAAAAGAACGCUGGUGGGUGAAAUUGAAGAAUAUUAAACCGGAUGUCCAUUAACGUAAAAUUAAAAAACAACGACCUGCUUUUUCAAGUUUGUCAUAGUUUGUAUGAAAAUAUGACUUAUGAUGCAUAUUAUAUAUACAAUGCGGCGUUGAAGUUGUCAGCGAAAAGCUUUUCGUCUAACAAUUCGUACUUUAAACCUGCCAGUUAAUGAAAAUAGGCAAAAUUAUUGAAAGUAUCGUCCGUCAUCUAGCUUAGUAACUAGCCCCUUUUAGAAUUGUUAGCAAAGGAUUUAAGGGAGACGUGCCAUUCCCUUGAACCUAAAUCCAACUUCUAGCAUGUGUUUUCUUUACCAUCGCACUUUAAAAGUUGCCAAAGUCAAAAUUGAACAGAAAUUCAAAAUAUCAUUUUCAUGGGAAAGUAUUGCCAGUGAGGUUUUAUUUGAAUGGUCCAUAGGAUUUUGUCCACAGACUCAAAAGUUAGAGCCGCCUUACAAGAGACCAUCCCUCACUUUAGGAUUAAAAGGGCCAAGCACACGUACAUGUCUAUUUGUUGCAGCAACUUCUCAUGACUGAUGUCGAUGUUGAAUAUACAUAAAAUUAUCUGCAAUUGGUAUAGGAUUUAAUGGAGCCGAAACCAAUUGUGGAAUUGUAGAAUUGCACGCAUUUUAGGCAUCCUCCUGAUGAACAGUUGUGACACGUAGAUGUAUCUUUUUUAGCAACUUCUAUAAUUUGCAGUCUGUCCACUAUGAAUACAUUAUAACUGUAUGUUGAAUAAAUGGUAAAGAUUAUAUGUUAAUGAGUCCAUCAAAAUGGUUUUGUAAUCGUGUUAGGAUUUCCAGAUAUCCCGCAGGAUCAGACCAGGAAAGAAAUGACCUUUGAAAAGGUAAGAAUAAUAGUUGAUAGUGUGAUGUUCCGGUUCGGCUCUGCUUAAUUUCUAUUCUUUUCACUGGACGGGUAGAAUUGAGUCUUCAAGUUCACCCCUUCGAAUUCCUCUCAGUGCAAAUCGAUUUUAGUUCUUGGCGCUAAUUGAAUUCUUUGUUCUUCGGCUAAGUUGCUUCAUGGUGGGUGGAACUUUAGUUUUUCAAUAUUUUCAAAGAGACGGAAUUGUCUGCCCCAAACGCUGUUUUUGUUGUUGUUGGCCGUAACAGAGUACGGCGUAGGCAAAGCUUCUUAACUCCUUCUUUGGCCCCUCCUGCUGCCCCUGCAUUAUAUUCCGCAAAGCCUUCCCUCUCCUCUUUUUUCCCUUCUAAAUCUUUAUAAUUAUUUUUCUCUUCUCUACAUAUGUAUUUGUAUUCAACUUGUUUAGUGAUAUUUUGUGUGAGUGAAAUAGAAAUUGAACUGAAUUGAGACAAUUCUUUUUGGUCCAAUCACGGUUAUCUAUUGUUCGUAAGAUUAACAUAGCUUCACCAAGUAAUUUAACUCAAAUUUCCUUUAGGUCCUUGUUGCCUCCUUCUUUGCGUAUUUCACUGAUAACUUAUUACUUUGCUGGUUUUUAUUUUAGCCGCAACUUGGAGUCUCUCCCGCUGAGCACUUCCCAGUUUCCUCUCUGCCAGAAUACAGCCAGUGGCAACUGAAGAAAGCAGAGACCAAAUAUCUGUCAUCAUCUGAGAUGUACCGGGUAAGACUGGGCAGUAGGGAGGCAGUAUGUGCUACGAGAUCGUUUAGAUCUGUUUUCUGUGACUUUUGUGACACCAAUAAUAAAGAAUCAUAGGAUUGCUCAUCCCCUCCCUCCAGAAGUAGCAGAGCUGACGUGCUGUACACAGGUGUUUUCCCUCUUAUUAAUUUCUUUUUCGCUGCGAUGAAUCAGCACGGUGGCCGGGGAUGAAACUGGACUGCGUCCUAAUCGACGUUAAGCCCACAAUACCCACUGAAGUCCCGAGAGCCUUGGCCACACCACCUGGAUCUUCGGUUUGUUGGAGAGGAGCAAUGGAGGGGUGCGCGAGAGAACGGGGAAACCGCGAGGAAAACCGGGCGUAAACCUUUCUGGCGACUUUGUUGCUCAUGUAGUGCUUUUUAUUUUAAGUUCGAAAAGAGAUAGUUCGGUGAAGGUACUGGUCUGUGGGUUUCUCCUCUUUAUCCCAGUUCACUAGAAUGUUGAGCCAUCUGUGGAUACUCUGGCAAAGGCAGCACCUUUAUUCGGAGUUGGUUUAAGACCCCGAGUAAUUGGUUCCGACCAAGGGCCUACCACUUUUGGGGUGUGGUACAAAAUUAAUGAACCAAACGUGGCAUACUUUUGUUAGCCUGCUCCACUAUUCGAGGUUAGAGUACGCCUGUGACGUAGGCUAAACUUUUGAUAGUGUUUGCGUUACUGUGUAGCUUGCAAGUGAUGAAGAGAGUGUCCAUUCGCUGAACAUUGACGACCAUGAUCACCAUCACACUGGUAAGUUUUGUCAGAGGGUAUUGCUUACAGACAAAAACCAGAUAGAAACAUACAGAUACAAGUUUGUUAUCUUCAGUGGUUAUUGUUAUUGACUGAAAGGAAGAAACUUGUUAGCAACGCUCUGCUUACUUGGCCAUUUCUCAUAGGAGAUAAGAAGACUGACCAACCGGGCAAAGACUAUCCGCAACAAUAUUCUACCACUCCAAAGAAGAUAGAGAGACCGAAGUCACUAACCCUCCAUACCCUGUCAGUGGAUCCGCCAGUGAUUCGAGAAAGCCCCGAGUUCGCUGCAGACAAGGUCUUUACAGAUCACGACAAAGCUGUAACGAGCGCAAACAAAGACAAGCUUCCCAGUCCUACGCGUUCACCUAAAGCGCGCGAAUCUUCCAAAGACCUGGACACUGAUCCCGAGGUAAAAUUUAAAUACAGUGCAGUCCUGAUUUCUCAAAAGUUCGACUUAUUCGAAAAAAAAUGGCUCCCUUUCCAGUCAGAUAGUAAUUUCACUACCAGUUUUCCAAACCUAAUGAUAAUUUAAACCAAAUCUCUUCUCCUGAGGUGCCCCGAAAAAUCGGAAUUCCAGUGAAAUGCUCGUGUUUGUUUUACUUGUGGUCUCUCGGUUAAGUGGUCAAAAUAAAUGUACUCGACGAAUACAUGCCUUGAGUAGGAAUGCUAGCGAUAUACAAAACACUCCUCAUUUGAUAACCCUGAUGGACACAAAUUUUUGGCGUCAAACUAAAAAAAAGUAUUAAUGAGGGAGCUCUGCAAACACCUUUUCAUGGAAGCGGGUGAAAAGGGUACCCACCAGGUGCUUAUGUCAAGCGACUCGCGAUUCCUCUAGAUUUAGGGUAAAUGUACUCUAGCUAAUUCGUUCGUGGUGGUCUCAUGCCGUUAUACGAAUUCUUAGAGAAAGACGUCCGAGAGAGAUGUCGUCUUUUAUUUGGCAACGUUACCCUGUUCGUCUCCUGGAACUUUCUAACCCCAUGUACAUGUCAAAGCUAGGACCAAGACUUUAGACGAGUCAGGUGUUGAAACCUUUAUUUUUCUUUCCAACGCUAUCUCCUAGGUCCCUAAAAAACCAAAGCUGAAGAAGUCGUCCAGCAUCAGUUCACCAAUCAGAGACAAGAAGAGCUUGGAUCACUCGGCCCAUUCCUCUUUCUCAUCUCCCCGUCAAGGAAAAAGUACGAUGGCUGUGAAAAGUAAAGAAGCCGAAGACAGACAUGGUUACAUGGGUUUCCUUGGAGAUCCAAAGAAGAGCUCCUCAUCACCAGAGCUUUCUUCGCCGCCAGCUGUUCAUAAAGGUAUCUUCUUAUCACGAGUACUGUACUUCGUCCUUCUGCUAAAGUUGCUGUGUAUCUUAGUAUAUUCUUGUAUAUCCCUUUCUUAUAAUAAAUUUCACUGUAAAUUUCUUCCCCGAUUCCCUAGUGCCACUUGUUAAAAGCGAAGGUGCCAAGCGGAAGAUGUCUCGCUCAAGAAUUGUUCCCCUAACGGGGGGUCCUCAGUUCAUAAAUAAGGGAUCCAAGUCAGCCCCAGUAGCGAGCGACCCUACAGAUUCGGGACCUAAAGAGCCCCCCAUUCUGGUGACUCCGUCAGAAUCAUUCAGGUAUCCCCUGGACCCGUGCUUCGUGUUCCUACAGCUGUAUCAUGCAUCAUUCCUGGGAGCCGCACACGAAAAACCACAGCCGGUACCUGAAGGCGAGGUAGAGUAAUAGCGCUAUGGUCUACGGAGUAGCAUAGAUCAACUUGACCUCUGUAAAGAAGACAUGAUUUCAAUGUACUGGUAUUUUUUGUUGUUGCUGCUGUUACGGUUAAGAAUUUGACUCUGAUAUUAAAUUAGUGGUGUCUGUUGCCACUGGGUGUACUUUGUCUGGUGCUGGCUGGCCGUGCUGGCUAUUUGCGGAGGUUCCAAUUUAAUUUUCUCUCGAAAGCGAUAUAACGAUGUGUCAGCUGGUUCAACAUGAUUGUUUUUCGUCACAUAGAUAAGAUACUACUAUUAAGAUUUUCUUACAAAUACGAUAUGCAUUGUUAAACCCCUGCAUUUCGCUACUUUCGGUGGAAGACAUAGUUCUCAUUGUCUGAAUCCUCUGGUUUGAUAUUGUGGUAUUGUGGGCGUUGGGAGAGGGGAUCAUUUUGCAUGACGCCCCAGAGCGAAAGAAGAUUCGACCUUAAUAGGCCCAGCUAUUUCAUUUUCGAUCGAACUAGUGCUACAUUUAUCUAUUUAUUCCAAACGAUUAUUCCGUUAUCUGUUGGACAGGUCAUUGAGCGAGCCAUCAAGUGCCUUGACCGUAUCCCUCCCUAUGAUACACACAAGAUUGGUGUUAUUUAUGUUGGGCCUGGGCAACAUGACAACGAGGCUGCAAUCUUGAGAAAUGUUUACGGGUCAACCCGUUACAUGUCAUUUCUUGCGGGACUCGGCACUCUCGUUCGGCUUCGGGACUGCCCGCCAGCGGAGAUUUACACUGGUGGGCUGGAUAGAAAUGGCGAGGACGGUGAAUUUGCCUACAGCUGGCAGGAUGAUAUUUGUCAAGGUAACGGCCCUUCCUAAAGAAAAGUUAUUGACUAACACACUGAAAUAAGAAGUGAUCUGUGAAAUUUCUGCAGUCUUCCUUUCGCAUUUUACCAGCAGUCACUGUGUAUAACAUAAUAAAUAAACAAAGUAGUAGCAACGUGGUAGCUACAGUCGAAGCUCUCGUAAGCGACCACCUCGAAAAUUCGAAAAAGUGUUCGUAUCUAGAGCUGGUCGCUUACGAGAAUCAGCUCUCGUAAAAAACCGCAUGGUAAAACAAUAGAAGGUGGUCGCUUCAGAAAUCCAUUAAUAAUUAGUAAAGAAAAAACAAAAGAAAUUAAUGUUAAAUGAGUGUCUUAAUAUCUGACUUAGACACAACGGCUAAACUUUACGUCCAAUUUUUUAGACCAUUAGCGCAUUGUACAGUUUCAUUUAAGUGUUGAUUUAUAUAAAAAAGACUCGGAGUGGUCGCUUACGAGAGCUUUUCAUUACAAAGUUUAAGUCACAGUUCAAACGGGGUUUCACGAAGGUGCUUACGAGAGUGGUCGCGAGGAGAGCUUCGACUGUAUUAAUUUGUUUGGUUCUCGCAGGGAUUAAAUCCAGGCAGUCAAAAGUAAGAAAAAUCUUGAACAUCAAUCCUACAACACCAACUGGUGUACCAAGGAUUUCAUGUAUUUCUUGUAAAGUAGAAUUUAGCACAAAAACCACUGUUUAACUUACGGUUGGGGAAAGGGGGGUGGUUAAUUAAUCUACAGCCAACAAAAAGAAGGGGGAAAUGGUGCAAAGAAUAAGGAAAUGACUACUAUUCCACCUGCUUCUUUGAUUUCAGAUCCACUCCCUCGAGGAAAAAGUCAAUCGGUUUUUGUAUUUUGUAUUUUUUGUUUUUUAGUUAUCUUCCAUGUUGCCACAUUGAUGCCGACCCGUGAAUCCGACUCAGGCUGUAACUCGAAGAAGAUGCACAUUGGUAACGACUUUGUAACCAUCGUCUACAAUGACUCCCAGCAGACGGUAAAAUUUGGCACAAUCAAGGUAACAUACCUUCAAGAAAAACUGCUUGACAGGGUUUUCGUCGUUUUUGUUGAGAUCGGGGUCCCUCUCCUCGGUAUUUCUGUCUGAGAAACCACCUUUGGUUUGUUCCUCUUUCGUGCUUUGGUGCGUUGGCUUGAGCAGCUUCCUUUUAUAUUGCUUCUUGUUUGGGUUUGUCUUAUCUCUUGAUAUUGUGCUGUUUUCAGUAUCUAACAGUUCUACAAUUAUAACUUUCAUUUUAUAAAGGCACACUUGUUAGUACCAUCCUGGGCUGUGCAAUAAACAGGUCACAGAUGGUUGUUUCUCAGUGGCUAUAAUUCAGAGUCGAACUUUUCUCUGAGGAAUUAAAUUUUGAGGUCAACUUUUAAUCGAUAAAAGGGAUUAAAAGGACAUAGCUUGCCCAAUAUUGGAAUCCUCUUGGUUGUUUUUUCCUUUUUGCUACUUAACAGGAGCACGAUGCACGAAAAGAGGAGAAAACAAUUUGCAUUGGCAUUUUGGUUUAAUGUAAGCUUUUGAAUCGUUUUAUUUUAGUUUUCAUUUUUUUUUCUCUCAUUUCUCUUUGCCAGGGUCAGUUCAAUUUUGCUGAAGUGUUGAUUAAACCGCUUGAUAAUGCAUCUAACAUGGUGUCCCUGCGGUUCAAAGAUGAGCUAAAGGAUCUGCUGACUGACACAGGGCCCCGAGUCAUCUCUGAUGACAACCUUCCUCGCUUGGUACGGCAGUUGGUCGUGCACAUUAACGUAAGUCAAUGUCAUGCACUGUUAAGUGUUCAGAUUUUUUUCCCGAAAAAAAAUCAAAUAAAAUCUUUGAUGACUUAGUAAAACUCAAAUUUAGCGACGAAAUACAUUAUGAGAUUUACAUCUAGGCCAAUCGUUUACAGUUUGUCGGAUGUGUUAACACCCAGGCUCAAGUACAGAUUGAGACAACCUUUUGCAAUUCGUAAAUUCCUUAACAAUAAUUUGUACUGGUAUCGAGAAAUUCAUACAUAACUUGUUAUCAGUGUAAAUGAAACAAAUUGGUCGUUGUCUACUAGAUAUUUUGCAGGAUAUUACACUGCCUUAUAGACCAAAUUUGGUCAUAGUUUUUGUUUCCUGUCGUCUUUCGUAGUCCUGCUACCAUUGCGUUCGACGUUAGGAGAACGCAACCCCUAAUCUGUUUGCGUAUUUCGUCGUUCUUCUGCCUUUCCAGCGGCAUCUUGAAUUACUUCACGUGCAGACCAUGGUAACGUGGUAGGCCACGACGCAUGUAUAAUCGAACCGGUGUGGGCGAGAAAUUAAAAGAGAAUUCUCGACUGUUAUUGUUGGCAAUUUUCAACUUGACCCGGCUUUGCAAACAAUCCAUUGUAUUCAUUGUGCAGCUUGUUUUAUGAUGUUGGCUUGACAUACUUUGCGUUAUCGGUGUAAUUUAUACAACUUUGCAUUUCAUCUUUCUGGAGCAUUUCCGUGCACACCUCUACGCACUUUAUAAUCUACGAUUAAUACUAGUUUUAUAUCUUAAUCUUGACGUUUUCUUUCAUUUCCUUACAGAUGGCAUCUGUUAUUCACCAAAGUCAAAAGCGGCCAACAGACGCUUACGGAUGUAAUUGGCUAGAGAGAUUACGUCAGAUUAAACGAGUGCGCUCAAAGGCGACGGCAGAGAAUUUUUCAGUUCCCAGCAGCCCCAUGGGUAAGGCCUCACCCUCACCUGGGCUGCGCCCUUCGUCUUCACUGGUCACAGGUCUCACAGAUUUCACAGAGUACAUUAUGAGAUAACGUCGAAUCGUCUCCGAAUUACGCAAG